UCAGUUACAGUAAAAGGCCAUUAAUGUAAGUCACAUACCGAACCCGGAGAACCAAACAGACAAACAAUGAACCACAAAAACAUUUGAAUCAGACAUUGAAAAGGAUGUUUUUAAUUAAAUAAUAUGUCUGUGCUGACAAAUGCACUGAUGCUCAUAAUGAAUGUAAGAAAUACUUUUCAGAUACGUCUGUAUUGACUUUGGCUUUAGAUGUUGGCGGUGGACCUGUCACACUUAUAUUAUUACCGAAAUAUGAGCGUUUCUUGCUGAUGUGGACAACAUAACAACAGGUAAAAGUUAAUCUUAGAUGAAGUUUAUGUAAAGAAGCAAGCCAUAAAAAAGCUCUAUAACUCCAUGUCACAUUGCUCAGGGUUUUACAUCUCAAUUUUAAAGUCAUUAUCUUCCUUGAGACCAUUUAGGUUGAGAGAGUCAUGGGUGCAGACUGAGCAUGAGUCUACAUAUUUUGUUACACCUGAGCUGUGAAACACAAGAGCACUGAGGAGGAAAACUGUGUGGUAAAUUAUGGACCUUAAUGGUCUUCAUCUUCUGUCUCUUCUGCUGCUAACCCAAGGGAUUCAGCUUGUUCAAGGAAGCUGUAGUAAUAAUGAGUUUCAGUGCACCAGUGGUCAGUGUAUCAACAUAGCCUGGAGGUGUGAUGGAACUAAUGACUGCACAGACGACUCGGAUGAGCUUAACUGUCCAUCUCCACCGUGCACAUCGCAGGAAUUUAAAUGUGUAACAAGUGGUGAAUGCAUCUCACUGGGAUUUGUCUGCGAUGGGGAGGAAGACUGUACUGAUGGCUCAGAUGAACAAAGAGCAUGUGACGGGCGGACCUGCAGACCAGACCAGUUCACCUGCAAGGAAGGCCAAUGCAUCCCCAACAAAUACAGAUGUGAUCAUGUGAAGGACUGUGUGGACAACUCUGAUGAAAACAACUGCAAUUAUCCACACUGCACGCAGAAGACAUGUGCAAAUGGGGCCUGUUACAAUAACUCUCAACACUGCAAUGGGCUACAGGACUGCAGAGAUGGCUCUGACGAAUUCAACUGCACAAAUCAGCACUGCCCCAUCCACCAGUAUCAAUGUGCAAAUGGCUACUGUAUCCCACAUUCGUUUGUGUGUGACCACUGGGAUGACUGCGGGGACAAUAGUGAUGAACAAGACUGUUCGUACCCAAGCUGUAAAGGCAGUGAGUUCACAUGUUCUAGUGGCCGUUGCAUUCCUCAGAACUGGGUGUGUGACAAGUUCAACGACUGUGGAGACUUCAGUGAUGAGAGAGGAUGUGAUAGUAACUCAAGGGAUUGUUACCCUGGUGAGUGGGGAUGCCCAGGAUCCACAGUAUGUAUAUCAGUGGGUAAAGUGUGUGACAGCAAACCAGAUUGUCCUGGAGGUACAGAUGAAACCAACUCCACAGCACAGCAGACCUGCAGCUUGGACCGCUGCUCCACCUUGAGCUGUGAGUUUCUCUGCCACCCUUCUCCUCAGGGCGGUUCAUGCUACUGCCCCGAUGGCUUUAUAGUUGCCAAUGAUAGCCGAUCCUGUACAGACUAUAAUGACUGUCAGAUGUGGGGGAUCUGUGACCAGCUGUGUGAAGAUCGUCCUGGAACACACCACUGUAGCUGUGCUGAUGGCUACUUCUUAGAGCAGGGUCAUAUCUGCAAAGCCAAUGUAUCAGCUGGAUUGCCACAGCUAAUUUUCACUAAUGGGGGGGAUGUCAUGAUGGCUGAUAUACAUGGGCGCUUUGUCAGAACUCUGGUCCCAUCUCAAGGCAGAGGUUUUGCUGUAGGAGUGGCCUACAACUGGCGCAGCAACAUCGUGUUCUGGAGUGAUACAUAUACCAAGAAGGUUUAUUCUGCCAACUUUAAUGGAGAAAACAUUAAGGAGGUUCUGACUGUUGCGGUCCAAGAUGUCCAGAAUCUUGCAGUGGACUGGAUCAACUUCAAACUUUAUGUUUUGGAGGCUAUGGUGGAACGCAUUGAUGUGUGUGAUUAUAAUGGAGAGAAUCGAGUGACACUGGUGGCAGAAAACCUGCAGAGUCCUCAUGGCCUUGUCUUGGAUCCUACAGUGGGCUACAUGUUUUUCACAGACAUGGGCGUUAGCAACAAGCAGACAAAGCUUGAACGUGCUUUCAUGGAUGGCAGCAAUCGUGUAGAGCUGGUCAGAAGCGGACUUGGCACACCAACUGGAAUUACGCUUGAUAUUGUCACUAGGAGGAUCUACUGGUCUGACAGCCACUUUGACACAGUGGAGACCGUCACAUACAGUGGUUUGGACAGGAAAAUGGUCCUCAAUGGUGGAACACAGGCUCCGCAUCCUUUUGGGAUGGCUGUAUUUGAAAAUCAUGUAUUCUUCACUGAUUGGACUAAGAUGGGUGUGAUCAGAGCCAACCGUUUCAAUGGCAGCAACCCAACACUCCUUUAUCGUGCUGCGAAUCGACCAGGCCACAUCGUAGUCUCACACCCUGUCCUGCAACCUCUGGUGAUGAAUCCUUGUGGCAGACACAACGGUGGCUGCCAGCACAUUUGUGUUUUAAGUCACCGCACUGACAAUGAUGGUUUGGGUUUCCGUUGCAAGUGUCGCCAUGGUUACGACCUGCAGCCUGACCGUCAGACCUGUUUCAAGAUAAAAGACUAUUUGUUGUUGGCCACCUCUUUGGCCGUGCGAGGAAUCCCUCUGAACUUAUCCCUCCAGGAGGACGUCACCCUUCCCCUCGCAGGCCUUGGAGCAUCUUUUGCUGGCUCAGCAGUGGAGUUUGAUGGAAAUGAGGAGGCUAUUUUUUACAACGACAGAUCUAGGGGUCUUGUCUAUAAGUCAAACCUCAAUGGCACAGUUCAGCAGAUUUUGACAGGAUACAGAGUGGGAACUGUCGAUGCCAUGGCUUAUGACUGGACCUCCAAGGUCUUGUUCUGGACAACAACUUCCUACAGGUCGGUGGUAGCUUUCAGAGUGGUGGACAAAUCCAGACGAGACAUUGUUACUGGACUGAGGAACCCAAUGGGGAUUGCUGUGCAUCCUAGUGCUGGAUACCUGUUCUGGUCUGACUGGUACCGUCCAGCAGUCAUAAUGAGAGCCUACACUGAUGGCAGCAAUGCUGUGCCUCUGGUCAACACAACACUGGGAUGGCCAUACGGCCUCGCGCUUGACUAUACAAUGAACAGGCUGUACUGGGUGGAUUCGCAACUUCAUCAGAUUGGUCACAUUAAUAUUGAAGGAAAUGACAGACAGACUUUCACCAAGCUUGGCCAGAUUACUCAACCCUACUCUUUGACAGUUUAUUUAGACUACCUGUAUGUGGCUGACACAAGAACCAGAGCAAUAUUUGAGAUGAGGAAGAGAGAUGGAGGAGGAAACAUUAUGAUCAGACAAGGAAUCAGCAGCAUCUUGAACAUUAAGGCCUAUACAGCUGACGUCCACAGCACUUUCACCAGCCGCUGUAACAUGGUGCCCAAUGGACAAUGCAGCCACUUCUGUUUCCCAACUCCCGCGUACAGCAAAGUAUGUGGCUGUCCGUAUGGUAUGAAACUUCAGACCAAUCAGAGAGACUGUGUCAAGGAUGAUUCUGUUCCCCCACCUGACAACAACUGUGGUGACUAUGCCUUUGAGUGUGAUGAAGGUCGCUGUACGCCCAACUCUUACCGCUGUGAUGGGAUUGUUGAUUGUGUAGAUAAGACUGAUGAAGCCAACUGCACAAAUACAGGAGCGACCUGCUCUCCAUAUGCCUUCACCUGCAACAACAAGCACUGCAUAUACAGCAGCUGGCGCUGUGAUGGCAUAGAUGACUGUGGAGAUGGUUCUGAUGAAAUAAAUUGUCCCACACGUCUCCCUACCACCUGUGCAGAUAACUACUUCACUUGUGACAACAACAACUGUAUUUCUACAACGUGGGUGUGUGACGGCGACAAUGACUGUGGUGAUGGCUCUGAUGAACAUAACUGCAAUUCAACCAUCACUACAUGCCCUCCGGGCUACUUUCUGUGUCCUGACCACCGCUGCAUAAGCAGUUUCUACGUCUGUGAUGGAGACCAGGACUGCUUGGAUGGCUCGGAUGAGAAAGAUUGUGAAUUUUCCUGUCAGUCCUAUGAGUUUGCCUGUGCCAGUGGGGAUCAGUGUGUCAGUUCAAGCUAUCGGUGUGACGGCGUGUUUGACUGCAGGGAUCAUUCAGAUGAACAAGACUGUCCUACUCGAGGUCCAGGCCUCUGCCACGACAACGAGUUCCAGUGCCAGAUUGAUGGUUUCUGCAUACCGGAGGAUUGGGAGUGUGAUGGCCACCCGGACUGUGAAGAUGGAUCAGAUGAACAUAACACGUGUCCGGCUGUCACCUGCAUAUCAAGCUAUUUCCAGUGUGCCAACAAGAUGUGUAUCCCAAUGAGCUGGUUGUGUGAUGGUGAGAAUGACUGCCGGGACAUGAGUGAUGAACAGAACUGCCCCACACAACCCUUUACUUGCCCCUCUGGUCAGUGGCUUUGCCCCACUGACCAAAUAUGUAUUGACCUGGACAAAGUGUGCAAUGGCCAAAAAGACUGUCCCAAUGGAGCAGAUGAGUCCCCUAUCUGCAACCAAGAUGACUGCGCACUGAACAAUGGGGGCUGCAGUGAUGGUUGUGUCCAAGGACCAUUUGGAGCUCAGUGCACCUGUCCAACAGGGUUUCAGCUCCUCAAUGACUCUAAGACUUGUGAUGACAUCAAUGAGUGUCUCAUCCCAGGUUUCUGCAGCCAGCAGUGCUACAAUGAGAGAGGAAGCUUCAGGUGCCACUGUUCACACGGCUACCUCUUAGAGCCUGAUGGACGUACCUGCAAAGCCACAGACCAAGAAGCAGCAGUACUUUUGGUUGCCAAGCGUAACCAGAUCGUCGCCAAUUAUAUCAACUUGAAGCCACCCCAGAUGCACCCAGUGGUCAGUGGUUCAAGCAUUGUUACUGUGGACUUUGACCACGUGACUUCCAGAAUCUACUGGGCUGAUGCCUCACAACAGAAGAUAUGGAGUGCCUACCAAAAUGGCACCGACCAACGGGAAGUGUUUUCUACUGGUCUGGUACCUGAGAGUAUUGCUGUGGACUGGGUGGCUCGGAACCUUUAUUGGACCGACUCUGUCAUGGAGAACAUCGAAGUUUCCACUCUGGACGGUCGUUUUCGGAAGGUUCUCUUAAGUAAAAAUGUUACUAGUCCACGUGGACUUGUUUUAGACCCCCGCAACUACACCUACCUUAUGUUCUGGUCAGAUUGGGGUCAAAACCCUAGGAUUGAGAGUGCCAACAUGGAUGGAUCCGCAAGACAAGUCAUUGUCAGCACUAAGGUCUAUUGGCCAAAUGGUCUGGCCCUGGACUACACCACACGCAGGGUUUACUUUGCUGAUGCUUACCUGAAAUAUAUUGAAUACUGUGACUAUGAUGGCAACAACCGCCAUCAGGUCAUGGCAAGUGACAUGGUUCUCCAGCACCCACAUGGUAUGACCAUAUUUGAGGACAGCGUGUACUGGUCAGAGGUCUACACCAGCAAAGUGAUGAUGACCAACAAGUUCCAUGGAGGAAACAUCACCACUCUGAUGAGUGGUGUCUACCAGCCCCUGGGCAUUGUUAUGUACCAUCCCAUCAAACAACCUGCAGCCAUCAACCCAUGCAUAGAGCACUUGUGCUCUCAGUUGUGCCUUUUGUCAGGCCUGAGACCUCGGUACUACACUUGCCACUGUCAGUCAGGUUGGAAGCUGGAUACUGACCAGCGCACCUGUAUCAAAGAUGAGACUCCUUUCCUGAUGGUGGUCAGAGAUUCUGGGAUUUUUGGCAUUCCCCUGGACCCUGCAGACCCAUCUAACAAUGCCAUGGCUCCCAUUUCUGGCAUUAACCAGGGGAAAGACAUUGACUUUGAUGAUCAAGAGCAGUUUGUUUACUGGGUUCAAAGCACUGGUUCAAUCUGGCGAGUGAAAACAAGCGGUACCAACAGAUCUGAGUUUGCUCCAGCUGCUUUCAUGGGCUCACCAUAUGGUCUGGCUUUUGAUUGGAUAGGCCGAAUAAUGUAUUACACAAACCCCACUGGCAAAACUAUUGAAGUCAUUCGUGUAGAUGGAAAUGAGAAGUACAGGAAGACAGUCAUUACCUCAAAUGGCAAACCAGAGGGAGUUGGAGAGCCUGUUGGAAUUGCUUUGGAUCCAGUCAGAGGAAAACUCUUUUGGACAGACAAGGGAACAGACAGUGGAGUUCCUCCAAAGGUUGGCAGUGCUGACAUGGAUGGAGGCAACCUCAGGAAUCUUUACACAGGCAACUUGGUGAACAUAGGAUUUAUUGCUGCUGACAUCUCAACCAUGAAGCUGUACUGGGGUGUGGCAGGCUCAGGGGUGGUUGUUAUAAUUAUGAUAAUUUAACUAUUCUUAGUUGACACUCCCUUUUUGUUGCCCCAGAUUGAGUCCGGCACCAUGGAUGGAAUAUCCCGUAUGACAGUGAACCACCUCUACUACACUGACCUGGACUAUGAGGUCAUUGAGAGGGUGGACAAAAGCGAUGGUGCCAAUAUGGUGGUGAUGAGGAGCGGCAUGUCUGGCCUCCACGCACUCAAAGUGCAUGCAAGAGACAACUCAGCAGGGACCUCCAAUGGCUGCAGCUCCAACAACGGGGAAUGUCCUCACCUUUGUCUUCCCAAACCAGACAAUCAAAAGACUUGUGCCUGCACUACAGGUUUUCACCCCUCUAACGAUGGCACCCGCUGUGAACAGUAUGAGUCCUUUGCCAUCAUUUCCACCACCAAGUAUAUCCGUGGCUUCCACAUAAACAGCUCCGACCAUUCUGAGGCAAUGGUGCCUAUUAGUGGAUCAUCCUAUUACACUAAGGACAAGUUGGACCUGCAUAUUGAAUCUGGCUUUGUUUACUGGACUGACAAUAGCACCUCCACCUCAUACAAGGGCAUCUACAGGGCCAAAACAGAUGGAGGGGGUUACAGUCAAAUCAUAAAUUCAGGUGUUGGACAGAGAGGCAUCCAGGGUCUGGCUGUAGACUGGAUUGCAGGUAACUUGUACUUCUCCAAUGCCUUUGAGAGAGAGACCUUCCUUGAGGUGCUGGCCAUCAACACCACCUACCGAAUGGUUCUCCUCAAGAGCUUGCAGGACCAGCCCAGGGACCUGGCAGUCAGCCCCAAACUUCGUUUUCUCUUUUGGACGGAUGGUGGCCAAACACCCAAGAUUGAGCGGGCCUUGCUGGAUGGCACAAACCGCACAGUGUUGGCAUCAGAGAGCUUGGCAUCGCCACGUGGCCUAACAGUUGAUUACACUAAUGAUUUCCUCUACUGGACCGAUGAUGUACUUGAUAUGAUCUCCCGUAUGGCCUUUGACGGAUCACAGAGACAGAUUAUUCGAUAUGGGAGCCGCUUGCCGUCACCUACAGGAAUGGCUAUUUUUGGAAAUUACAUGCUGUGGGUGGAUAAAAAGCUUGGAAAGCUCUUCCAGGCCAGUAAGGACCCAGCCAAUACCAACCAGUCUGAGGUAAUCCGAGACAAUCUUGAUGAGCUGAUGGACGUCGUCGUCUUUGACUCUCAUGUCCAGCCUACAUCUGCCAACCAGGUUGGCUUCAACCCCUGCCAGGAAGACAAUGGGCGCUGCCAGCAGCUCUGCUUUGCCAUUCCAAACCAAGAGAAACCUAAAUGUGGUUGUGCACAUGGAUCACUACUUAGUAACGGAGUAACAUGUGGUUAUGGAUUAGAUGAGUUUUUAGUUUUCAGCACAGACUACACAUUGAAUAGCCUGAGAUUAGACCCAGCAGAUCACAGCACUCCUUAUCCAACUGUGAACUUGGGCUACAACGUCAUGGCAGUUGAUUAUGACUUCAGGGAGAAGCGAGUUUUCUUUACCCAGUAUUUGGGGAUAGGUCGGAGCAGGAUUGGCUAUGUCACUAUAAGUUCUAUCACCACCCCUCCUGUCAUUAUUGCUUCAGACUUGGAUGACCCCGAAGGAAUGGCCUAUGAUUGGAUCAACAAGCGUAUCUACUUCACUGACUACUAUAAACGUAAUGUCCAGUCCAUCGGGUUGAAUGGGCAGAAUCGCUCAGUGAUUGCACACGCAGACCUCCCCAGAGGCAUUGUUGUUGAUCCAUGCUAUGGUUACAUGUACUGGACUAAUUGGGGGUCUCCAGCCAAGAUUGAGAGGGCCACACUGAGUGGAAACUUUCGGACUCCCAUCAUCAACAGCAGUCUAGUCACUCCCAAUGGCCUCUCUCUUGACUAUGAGGAGAGAAUGCUCUACUGGGCUGAUGCCUCACUUGAUAGGAUUGAGCGGGCUACUCUGACUGGUGAGAACCGGGAAGUGAUUGUUCAAGGAGCCCAGUACCCGUUUGCUGUGAAUGUGUUCCAGCAGGACAUCUUCUGGACUGACUGGACUGAGAGAGCUGUCUUUAGGGCUGGAAAGAAUGAUGGCUCUGGCUUUGCAGUGCUAGCCCAGAACAUGCAAUACCGACCAAAUGACAUCCAAAUUUAUGCUGCAUCUAAACAGGAGAUUUGCUCCAGCCCCUGUCAGCAGUUCAACGGAGGCUGCAGUCACAUCUGUGUUCCUGGUCCAGUGGGCCCAGAGUGCCAGUGUCCUCAUGAUGGAAGUUGGUACCUGACAAAUAAUGGCAAAGACUGCAUCAAAGACACAGGAAAACGGUGUCAGCCAGAGCACUUCACCUGUUUGAAUGGUAAUUGUAUCUCUGUACGCUGGAAGUGUGACGGCCAUGAUGACUGCCAGGAUAAUUCAGAUGAACUGGAAAGAGUGUGCGCUUUCCACACCUGCUCAGCCAUGGACUUCACCUGUGACAAUGGUCGCUGCAUCCCACUUAGCUACACCUGUGACUACACAAACGACUGUGGUGACAACAGUGACGAGCAGGGUUGCCCCUUCCCCACAUGUAACCCUGCUACUGAGUUCACCUGCGCCAACGGGCGCUGCAUCAGCGCAGCCUUUGUCUGCGAUGGCCGCAACGACUGUCGCGACAACGCCACAUCUGAUGAAAUCAACUGCCCUGACCGCACAUGCCCUGAUGGCCAAGUCAAGUGUGAAGGGACAAACAUCUGCAUUUACCCUGAAAGCCAGUGUGAUGGCUAUAACAACUGUGGGGACAACAGCGAUGAGAAUCCUCUCUUCUGCGCGGGUCGCACAUGCGCUUCAGAUCAGUUCCGAUGUGACUCAGGAAAGUGCAUCCCUCAGACUUGGGUCUGUGACUCAAUCAAAGACUGCAAUGAUCAGACAGACGAACCUCCCUCUUGUGAGGAUAUAAUUAGAACAUGCAGUUCAGAUCAGUUCACUUGUACCAACGGGAACUGCAUCCCCCAGUUGCUGGUUUGUGAUGGCAACAAUGACUGCUGGGACAACAGUGAUGAAGCCCCAGAGCUGCAGUGUGGACAACGCACUUGCAGUUCCAACCAGUUCACCUGUCCAACCUGGUACCCGGGCUACCCACGCUGUGUGCCAUUAAGUUUUGUAUGUGAUGGUGAUAAAGACUGUGCCAAUGCAGCUGAUGAGCUCCAGAACUGCCCCAACCGAACCUGCCACAUGAAUGAGUUUGCCUGUUCUAAUGGGCUCUGUAUUCUCAUCCCGUACCACUGUGACCGAGUGAAUGACUGUGGAGACGGCAGUGAUGAGUUAGGCUGUACAUAUGACACAUGUAGCAGCAACCAGUUCACCUGCAGUAACGGAGCCUGCAUCACUGCCUCCUUCACUUGCGAUGGGGAGAUCGAUUGUAUGGAUGGUUCAGAUGAAGCAGACAGCUUGUGCAUCACUCCCCAACCUACCUGCUCUCCCCAGCACUACCUGUGCAAGUCAGGAGAGUGUAUUGAGAUGAGUAAGGUGUGCAAUGGGCAGAAAGACUGCCAGGAUGACAGCGAUGAGAAAGGAUGUGGAAUAAAUGAAUGUCUCAGCCCAGCGGUCCACAAGUGUGCUCAACUCUGCACCGACACUCUCACGGGGUAUUACUGCUCCUGCUACCCAGGUUACCAACUCAUGCCAGAUGGUAAAGCCUGCGAGGACCUCAACGAGUGUGUCAGUACACCUGCUGUCUGCAGCCAGAUCUGCGAGAACACUGUUGGCUCGUACCACUGUAAAUGCGCUCCAGGCUACAUCCGUGAACCAGAUGGACGCACCUGUCGUCAGAACAGCAACAUUGCCCCAUACGUCUUGUACAGUAAUCGCUACUACAUCCGUAAUCUCACCACUGAUGGGUCACAUCUGAGUAUAGUCCUGCAGGGGCUGUCCAACGUGAUAGCAUUAGAUUUUGAUCAUUAUGAGAAGAGACUGUAUUGGCUGGAUGCAGGUGAAGGAAAGAUUGAGAGGAUGCGUUUUGAUGGCAGCGACAGGGAGACACUGGUGGGCAAUAAUGUAGGAGGAGCUGAAGGUCUGGCAGUGGAUUGGGUUGGCAGGAAAGUAUAUUGGGUGGACAGUUACUACAGCUCAAUUCAUGUGAUGGAGCUAGAUGGUCGCAACCAGAAGAAGCUGCUAUCAGGAGAGUUCACAAAUGGAAAUGACACUUAUAUGAUCAGCCGACCGCGUGCUGUGGCUCUCAAUCCUAAAUAUGGAUGGAUGUACUGGACUGACUGGGGAGAUGCAGCUUACAUUGGCAGAGUGGGCAUGGACGGAAAGAAUAUCAGUGCCAUUAUCACAACCAAGCUAGAGUGGCCCAAUGCUCUGACCAUCGACUACACCACCAACAAGAUCUUCUUUGCUGAUUCACAUCUUAACUUUUUGGACUUUGCAGACAUGGACGGCCAGAACCGGCAUCGGGCCAUUGCUGGCAAACUUCCCCAUGUAUUUGCUGUUUCCCUGUUUGAAGACAUGGUUUACUGGACUGACUGGAACACACACACUGUGGAGAAAGCUCAUAAGUACAAUGGCGAGCAGCGCACAGUCAUGGGCAACAACACACAUCGGCCUUAUGACAUUCAUGUGUACCACCCUUACAGGCAGCCUAGAAGUGAAAACCCUUGCUCAUCACAUUACCUGACCUGCAGUCAUUUGUGUCUGAUCGCACCUGGUGGACAGAAAGCUUCCUGCGAGUGUCCAGAUCACUUUAUUGGCUUAGCUGUGGGAUUCAAGAUCCAGUGUGUCGCUGACUGCUCCAGCACCCAGUUCCGCUGUGGAGACAAUGAGAGAUGUGUUCCAAUAUGGUGGAAGUGUGAUGGCCAAUCAGACUGCGGCGAUGGCUCUGAUGAACCUCAGACCUGCCCACCUCGUUACUGCCCCAUUGGCCAGUUCCAGUGUCAGGAUGGCAACUGUACCUACCCUGGUUUCAUCUGUGAUGGACGGCCAGACUGUCCUGACAGCUCUGAUGAAGAUGCUGCUCUCUGCAGUGAUCACCGUUGUGAGUCAAACCAGUUCCAAUGUAAAGACAAGAAGUGCAUCCCCGUGUCCUGGCACUGCGAUGGUGUGAAUGACUGCUCAGAUGGCAGUGAUGAAGAUCCAGAGACUUGUGCCCAGAAGACCUGCUCAUCAGGACAGUUCCAGUGUGCCAAUGGCCGCUGUCUACCAUCAAGCUAUGUGUGUGACGCUCAGGAUGACUGCGGAGAUGGAUCCGAUGAGCCAUAUGAAACCUGCAUGGGUCCAGACUAUAAGUGUGAUGAAGACACAGAGUUCUCCUGCAAGACAAACUACCGCUGUAUUCCUCAGUGGGCUCGCUGUGAUGGCACCAAUGACUGCAUUGACAACAGUGACGAGGAAGGCUGUGAGGCGCUGACCUGUGAUCCUCUGGGAGAUUUCCGCUGCGACAACCACCGCUGUGUUCCCAUCAGAUGGAGGUGCGAUGGCACCAACGACUGCGGUGACGGCUCUGAUGAAAGGAACUGCCAGCCGAGGUCUUGCUCUGAAAGUGAGUUUCGAUGUGACAGCGAACAGUGCAUCCCUGGAAACUGGGUGUGUGACCAUGACAACGACUGCGGGGACAACUCAGAUGAGCGAGACUGUGAGCUGCUGACAUGUCGUCCAGGUUCCUUCCAGUGUGACUCGGGUCACUGUAUUCCAGCUGCUCUGCAGUGUGACGGACGUGCUGAUUGCCUGGAUCUGUCAGAUGAGACCAGCUGUCCGACUCGUUACCCAGGAGGCCGUUGGUGUCCUGAGCACCAGUUCCAGUGUGCAAACCGGCUAUGUGUGAGCCAGAGCUGGGUGUGUGAUGGCAUUGACGACUGUGGGGACAGCUCUGAUGAACAGCUCAGUUUAUGCUUGAACAUCACCUGUGAGAUGCCGUCCAGGUUCCGAUGUGCCAACGGCUACUGUAUCUACUCCGGCCUGUUGUGCAAUAAGAAAGAUGACUGUGGAGACAGCAGUGAUGAAAAAGAAGACCUCUGCCGUGAGCCCACUCUGCCCCCCUGCACACUGGAAGAGUUUAAAUGCACCAACGGACACUGCGUGCCCCUGCCGUACGUCUGUGACCACAAUGACAACUGUGGUGACCGCACAGAUGAAAUGGGCUGCCAUUUUGGCCAUGACCGAAACUGUGAGGAGAAACUGUGCCAGCAUGAAUGCACCAACCUGAACGGAACUGGCUUCAUUUGUUCCUGCAGACCUGGAUACACAGUUAACCCAGACAGCACGUUUAACUGCCUCGACAUCAAUGAGUGUGAGGUGUACGGUACCUGUCCUCAGGCUUGUAAGAACAGCAAAGGCAGCUACGACUGUGAGUGUGCAUCUGGUUACAGAAAAGUGGGCGAUGGCACCAUGUGUGAGGCUGCAGGAGCGGCACCCCUGCUGCUUCUACCUGAAAGUAUUCGUAUACGGAGGUUUAACCUGCAGACAGAGACCUACCAUGACUUCCUCCAAGAGGAGGAGCGCAUCAUGGCUCUGGACUAUGACUGGGACCACAACAGCACUGGAUUCAGUAUGGUGUACUUUACUGUUGCUGGUAAGGACUCGGUAAAAGGUGCCAUUAAGAGGGCUUACAUACCUUCAGUGGAUGAUGGCAGUAAUAACAUUGGUGCUGCUGUUAAACUCGACAUCGAAUACAUCACCGCACCAGACGGCAUUGCUGUGGACUGGGUGGGCAGAAACCUGUACUGGGCAGACUCUAAGCUGAAGAGGCUAGAAGUGGCCAUGUUGGAUGGACGCUACAGAAAGCAUCUUGUCAAAACUGAGUUGGGGCACCCGUCCGCUGUGGCCGUCAACCCUCGACUCGGGAUGCUGUACUGGGCUGAUCGGGGAGACGUAGCUAAGAUCGAGUGUUCUUGGUUGGAUGGACAGAAGAGAAAAGUUCUAGUGGCCGAUGGCCUCGGUUGGCCCACUGGUCUGUCAAUUGACUUCACCAACAAUGACAGAAUCUACUGGUCUGACUCCAAGGAAAGCCGCAUAGAGUCAGUUCUUCCUUCAGGAGAGCAACGGAGAACAGCUGUUUAUAUAGAUGUGAGAAACCCUUUCAGCGUGAGUGUAUUCGAAGACCACAUUUACUGGAGCACUCAGGAAAAAGGCGAGGUUUUUCGACAGGACAAAUUUGGCCACGGAUCCAAAACCAAGCUGCUGACUGGGGGGCCCUGGUUGACUCAGAUCUCUGUGUACCAGCAGCAGAGAUAUAACUCCAUCAGCAUGAAAAAUCCAUGUAAGGGAACCUGCAGUCACCUGUGUUUGCUCCGGCCGGGAGGAUACAGCUGCGCCUGCCCUGAGGGCACCAACUUCCUCCCUGGCAGUAGCAGUGAAUGUGAUGCUGUCGGAAUAGCCAUCGGGGUGACGGUAUUGAUCGUGGUUCUGCUGGUUGCUCUGGUCUAUGUUGCAAGGACGAAGUCUAACCUGCUGGAGAGGCUGCGCAGCAACAUGCCCAGCAUGCCCAGUAUGCCAUCCAUGCCCAAUUUACCAAACUUCAGGAAUGGUUUCACCAAAUAUGGAUCAAAAACAGAGGACAGUGAAAGCACGCAGAGCUCAGAGGAGGUUCCCUCCAUUACUGUGUCCAUGAUCGACACGGGCGGGAAGAACUUCGAGAACCCAGCGUAUGAAGCUGAAGAACAACUCACCUCCAACAUUAUGCCAGCAGCUACUUCUGCUCUUACUGGAACAAACAAGGAUAGUAUUAAUAAUCCAUUAUACAAGGAGGAAGUUCAAGCUGUGGUUGAGCCCACAACAAAUACACCCAACCUUGCAGUUUCCAACGAGGAGGCUUUUUCAAACCCAGCGUACAGCUCGGUCGUAGAAGGAGUCACGUCUCCAGAACCAGCAGCGGUCAGCUCAGAGGAGUCGAAACCCAUAGAAGAGAAGAAUUUCGUGUCUUUCCAAAGCCCCAUAUACACGGACUUCAAACAUGUGCCUCCUUCUGAUUCUGAUAUUUAAUGUGACAGCUACACAUUAAAUUAGAUGGGGCCACAUUCGUACUCAGUGGAGGAUGAGUUGACUGAACAGCUUACAAAAGAAGAAAUUACAGUAUUCUGUGACUCCUACGGGUGUAACUAACUUCAGUGUAACUAUUUCUGUAAAAAAAGUCUAUCCUAAAAGACUCAUUUGAUUUAACUACUAUUUGACCAGUGCAAUAAGUGAAUAAUGUGAAUCAAAAUGUGUAAACAUCUGUUUAUGAUUAACAAUUAUUUGUUUUGUAAAUUUGGAUU